AUGGCUUCGACUGAUAAUUUAAAUCAGUUAGAGCCAACAUUUAUGUAUACCCAGAUAUUUAAGGAAAUUCUCCUUGAUAUCGAAUAUAAUCGUAAGGCAAUCAAGGACUUGGCCAUUUACUGUCGCAAAUUUUACUUAGGCAAUAUAGGUCAAUUACAAGUGAUUAAUGAAUUCGAACGUGACUAUCGCCCACAACAAGCAAUAUGGUGGUAUACACGUGAAUGUUUUACCUAUCAAAUGCUUAAUCGAGCACUUCGAACAUUGGACGCUGAUACAAUCAUUAACAUGGGCUUCUUUCUACGUGAUUUACAUCAGCAAAUUCAACAGCUCUUCGAACAACAGAUCAGUACUUAUGAUAGGAAACCUUUGGUGGUUUAUCGAGGACAAGGUUUUAUGAAAUUAGACUUUGAAAAACUUCAGAAUACAAAAGGUGGACUCAUAUCAUUUAACAAUUUCUUGUCUACCAGUAAAAAUGAAAAAUUAUCCCUCAGCUUUGCUAUAGAUGCUUCAACAGAACCGGAUAAGUUGGGCAUUCUUUUCAUAAUGUCCAUUGAUCCUUCUAUAAAAUUAGCACCAUUUGCCUCCAUCAAGGAGGUGAGUUAUUUUAAGGAAGAAGAAGAAAUACUCUUUUCAAUGCACACCGUCUUUCGAGUGGGCACAAUUAAACAGAUGGGCAAUAAGAAUCAACUUUAUCAAGUUGAACUACAAUUAACAUCGGAUGAUGACCAACAACUACGAUUACUUACUGAUCGGAUACGAGAAGAAGCUGAUGGUGAUAAUGGGUGGGAGAGAUUAGGUAACCUAUUGCUUAAAAUUGGUCAGUUUAAUAAAGCUGAAGAACUUUACAACACAUUGCUCGAACAAACACCUGAAGAGAGCGAAAAAGCGUUUUAUUAUAAUCAGCUUGGCGAUAUUCAUUGCAAACAAGGUGAUUAUGAAAAGGCUAUUUGGUAUUGCGAACAAGGGCUUAGAAUUAAACAGAAAACUUUUCCUCCAAAUCACGCUGAUUUCGCUACUUCGUAUAACAACAUCGCUAGUGCGUAUGACAAGAUAGGAGAGUGCUCGCAAGCGCUUUCAUUUUAUGAAAAAGCACUUGAAAUUCUGCAAAAAACUCUUCCUAAAAAUCAUCCUCAUUUGGCUACUUCAUAUAACAACAUUGGUAAUGUGUAUAUAAGCAUGGAAGCAUACUCGAAAGCACUUUCAUUUUACCAAAAAGCACUUGAAAUUCGACAAGAAACUCUUCCUCGAAAUCAUCCUGAUUUGGCCACUUCAUACAACAACCUCGGCGGUGUCUAUUACAACAUGGGAGAGUAUUCGAAAGCACUUUCAUUUCACGAAAAAGCACUUGAAAUUAAACAAGAAACUCUUCCUACAAAUCAUCCUUCGUUGGCUACUUCGUACAACAACAUCGGUUGGAUUUACAGAAAUAUGAAAGACUAUUCGAAAGCACUUUCAAAUUAUGAACAUGCUCUGAACAUCAGACAACGUACAUUACCUUCAAAUCAUCCUCAUAUUAAAGAUGUGAAGGAGAGUAUUGAACUUGUAAAAGAAGAAAUUAUAAAGAAUACUUAA